GUUGAAGUUUUGGGGUAUAUAAAUAAAGCAAACCCUUGGAUUAGGGUGAAGCUAUGGAGGGAGGAGCUGCGCUCUCGGCGCUAGCGUCGGUGUCGGCCUGUGCUCUGGCGGAGGCCAAUGCACCGCUAGAGGAGCAAGCGGCACAGCCGCUGGAUCAGCAGCAGCAGCAGCAGCAGCAGCAGCAGGAGAAGGUGGAGGAGGAAAAUCAGCACGAGCAGCUGCGGCGGCAUCACUCGUCGAGGUCGAGAUCGAGCUCGCCGGGAGCGGAUGAUUCAGGUAAGCGCGCCAGGAGUCCUAGAAGAGAGGACGAAGCGAGGGUGAGGCACAGGGAAUCGGACAGAGAGAGGUCUCGGGGGAGCCGGCAUUCUCACUCGCAUUCGCAUUCUCACUCUUACGGCGGCAGAGAUAAGGAGCGUGAGAGGGAUCGCGAGAGGCGGGAGAGGGAGAGGGAUAGGGAUAGAGAGAGGGACUGGGAGCGGGGCCGGGGAAGAUCAAGGGAUGAGCACAGGGAGAGGGAUCGGUCGAGAGGAAAGGAAAGGGAUGAUCACGGGAGGCACAGGGACAGUCACAGGGACAGUCACAAGCGCAAGGAGAGAGACGAAGGGAGUAGCGGCCAAGGAAAAAGCGCCAAAUCUCCCGACAAUGGGAAAGAGAGAGUCGAGCUCGAGCACAAUGGUGUCGAGGCUCGAGCAGCGCAAAAUGAGAAUUUGGAGGUGGAUGGAGCUGCCGCUACGAAUGCGGCAAUCAAGGCAGCUCAAACUGUGAAUGUGAAUCUGGGAGGUUCUAGCUUCAUGACCGCCGAUGCAAAGAAGAAACUCUUGUGGUCUGGAAAGCGUGCCGAAUCAAACGAGGGGCCUCCCGCGGCUGGAAAGAGCCACUGGGACACCGUCCAAUUCGCCGACCGGGAGAGGCAGGAGAAGUUCCACAAACUUAUGAGCCUGAGUGUGGUUUGCUGCUCCUCUACGUUUGCAGGGAUUAAAAUCCAACCAAGGCAGCGGCGCUCCAGUGCGAGAUGGAGGCGCUCCAGCGGCGGCGGUGGCGGCGGCUGUUCCUCAGGACAAGCAUCGCGUCGUCCAGGAGGAUCUGGAGAAGCAGUUCUCGGCUGGGUUGCGGCGACGCGAUGGUCGAACGGUGGGCCUGGGAUUGUAACCAACAUUAUGCUUGUUUGUAUCGUGUGCUUGUCGAAUAGAAGUUCCUUCUCGACUGCUAAACAAAAUUUCUUCUUCUUUGUCAAAGCCAUGGCAAAUAGAUAGAAACGCUGCUUACU